AUGUCUGGUUUCCAGUUAGCCACUGGUUCAGAGACCUUUUCAAGAUCCACCACCUACAUGGUGCAGUCCAUCCUCGGACAGGGCUCUUUCGGCACAGUCGCAAAGUGCACCAACAUGUGCGACAACACAACUGUUGCCAUCAAGACCAUGAAGGACGAGUACCCUUUGGACUACGCAGCAAGGAAAGAGGUGAGAAGCGCAAACUAGCCGUGUUUACUAAAAACUUAGGCAGAUUGUUUUCUAUCCACAGUAUCUGAUCACUGCUCUUUAACGUGUGUAAAUCCAAACUAAAACCUGUCUGUCAUCUGUCAUGUGUCCUCAGGUGAAUGCCCUCUUAAAACUGUCAGUGCUCGACACGGACAAGUCCAACAUUGUCCAAUGGCACAAAGCCUUCACUGACAGAGGACAUUUUUGUAUUGUGUUCGAGCACUUGGACAAAAGCCUCCUUGAUUUUAUGGAGGAGAGGAACUCGGAACCUCUCCUUCUGAGCGUGAACAGACCGAUCAUCCAGCAGGUAUGAGCAAAUGAAUUUAUCUCUGAUUUUAAACAAGAACAAAUACUGAUGUUCACGUAACAUCCUGAGCUUUGUUGUUUAGUUAAUGACCUUUAUGACUUCUUAGGUAGCCAAUGCUCUGGAUCAUUUGAAGACCAUCGGUAUGAUCCACGCAGACCUUAAGCUGGACAACGUCAUGCUGGUGGAUCAUCAACAUCAGCCCUACAGAGUCAAAGUGAUUGACUUUGGUCUCGCAGAAGACGUGUCAGCAACAACACUGGGCUCAUACGUCGGGACCUGUCAAUACAAGUAAGGAACCAGAACCACGUCUGAUAUCUCAGCUGCUUAUUGGGAGCUUGCACAUCAACACAUACUUAUGUUUUGUUGGAGGAUUUGCUGCGUUAUUUGUAGAAUUAAUGUGUGAUAUAUCUUUGUGUAUACAUCUAUCAUGUUUGUUUGUCCUCUCAUAGAGCUCCAGAGAUUUUUUUGGGGCUUCCCUACACAGAGGCCAUCGACAUGUGGUCUCUGGGUAUCAUGGCUGCCAGCAUGUAUCUUGGCACUUUACUGUAUCCUGGCCUGAGUGAUUUUGAUAUGGUACUUUAAGUUCACUGUUUCUUUCUCAAAACAGAGUUUCAUGUGACUGAAAUAAUCAUCAAGAAUCAGCGUUUAAUUUGUAUUUUAUCUCUAAACUUCUCACUUUAUAACCUCCUCACAUCAAUGUGUGUUUAAUUGAAACAUAUUUUUUAAUCUUUUAAUUGAUUUAUUCUUUUAUGAAGAAUUUUUCCUCUUCACUUUGAUGUCACCAUGUAACUUCUUGUUUUUGCUGUAUUUUCAGAUGAGGUUCAUUGUUGAGACUCAGGGUCCACCACCAGACAACCUGCUCAACAAGGGGCUCAAGACAUCCAAGUUUUUCCAGAGAGUUAACUGGCCCAACUAUCAAUGGAAAAUCAAGGUACCUAACACUAACUCUUACCCUACACUUUACCAGUAGCCAGUCACAUUUUUCUUAAAUAUGGAUGUUGAUUUGGAGGCAUCAUUGUGUCUGGUUGGCUAAGAAGGUUUCCAUGUGUGUCAAAGUUAAACAUAGUCUUGUUUUUUGCCAAGUAUUAGUUUUCUAGGUUAUAGCUCAGGUGAAGAAAGCAUGAACCGUUCAACUGAUUUAUGCAAGUUGCUAGAACAUGCUUCAGUCAUUUUUAGGUUUUCUUUAACCCUUGUGCACCCCUUAGAAAAACGUCAAUUAACACCCCUACGGGACCGAGAUGGUCCCCUCCAUUUUGCUGCGGUAGAAAUAUGGUCUAAAUAAAUAUAUUCAAUUUUUAGUUUUGGCUGCCAUCAUUGACUUUUAGCCUAAUCAUAAAUAGCAAAACUUUAUUCAGGUUUUUUAUUUUAACCCCAUAAAUGCCAGUCUUUUUUGUAAAAACCCGAUAUUACUUUAAGUCGAAAAACACACUUGGUGAAUUCUUUUCAUCCUAUAAAUGCAAAUUGUUUUUUUAAACUUUUGAUUUUCAGAGCAUGGGAUUGGUGAACGUUGAUGAGAAAAUUGAUUAGAAAGGAUUUGUAUUUUUUCUGUAGUGUUGAAUAAUAAAAAAACUUCAAUUAACACCCCUACGGGACCGAAACAGUCCCCUCCAUUUUGCUGCAGUAAAAAUAUGGUAUAAAUAAAUAUAUUUAAUUUCAUUUUUUUUGGCUGUCAUCAUUGACUUGUAGCCUAAUCAUAAAUAGCAAAACUUUAUUCAGGUUUUUUUAUUUUAACCCCAUAUAUGCUUUUUUGUAAAAAGCUUAUAUUUUAUUUUAAGUCAAAACACACUUGGUGAAUUAUUCUCCAUCCUACAAAUGCAAAUUGUUUUUUUAAACUUUUGAUUAUUAGAGCAUGGGAUUGGUAAACAUUGAUGAGAAAAUUGAUUAGAAAGGAUCUGUAUUUUUCUGUAGUUUCUAAUAACACACACACACACACACACACACACACCAUCCAUCGAUCCAUCCAUCCCUUGCUUUUAUGCACGCACAUCGAUGAAGCCCUCCCUCUUCAGCUGCCCGCUAUGAACCUCACGCACUCACACACGCACGCACACACAAUCUUACACACAAUCUCACACACAUACACACACACACACACACACACACACACACACACACAGAAGGAAAGUGCAGGUGCAGAUUGUACAACUGCUGCAGUUUCUGGAAAGAUUUUGGCUAUUCUCACGGCUGCAUAUGCACACAGACACACAAGUAAUUUAUGAAAACACACGCACAUAAUCCAUGAUGUCCCUAAAACACACCUAAACAGUUUUUAUUGAAGAUAUGCAUGAAAUACACCAGCUCUGUGGGAAAAGGGAAAACAGUGCCCCUCUGGUUCUAAAGGGUAUGGCAGGAAAAAAGAAAUAUGGCACCAUCUGCUGGUCGGCAUAAAAAAAACCCAGUUUGACUCUCAAGGAAUAGGUUUAUCUGAGAAAAAAAAAAUAUCCAAAAGUUACACUGCAUUGGCAGUGUAUUGAAGGAAACAUGUUUCAAUGGGAGUCAAUGGGACCGUUUUGGACCUUAGGGGUGUCUACUGUAAUAAUAAAAAUUGCUCACAUGAAAAAAAGGUCAAAGGAAGAAAAAAAAAAAUAAUUGCACCUAAAAUUGCACAGUUUGACACACUUUUUAUGCCAUUUGCAUUAUCACAGCCAAAAUUAUCCACAAAAAUACAGUUACGGAGGACCAGAUCGGUUCUUAGGGGUGCAUAAGGGUUAAGCAAUGCCACUGAAUGUAAACAAAUACGAUAUACUGAGCAUUUUGAAACAGAAGCUGGAGUGUUGUGGGAUACUUUUUGUAGCCUAGUCAGAGUAAACACUGGUGAGAGGGGCCCUGAAAUUGAGGUUGAGGGCAGUUCCAGUAUAAAAAAGGCCUAAGCAGACACAGCCCUGAAUAUCAGUGUAUUGUGACAGAUGUGCAUAAAUGAAGCUCUUUCUGUUCUUUUGCUAGUGACAGUCAUUUAAGGGCAGUAAUGCUCUGACUUUAAAUAUGACCACAUUUGAAAUACCUCAGACAGCUUGAUGGGAAUUGUCCCAUACACGUCUUGUACAAAACUAACUAACCCUGAAUGUAGCAGCUAACAAAACCACUUUUUUUUAGAACACGUGGGCGUACCUCCAGGAGACUGGGAUCAGGCCAGAAGAGACCAGAAGGUUCUUCUUAAGGUCUCUGGAUGACCUUCUGAAUGUACGUACUUUUUUUUUUUGUCAUUGAUUUAAAAAAAAAUAUUUCAAAAACAUUUUGAGUUUUUGUUGAUUUUCUGGUGAUAAAAGUAACACCCCUGACUGUGGUUGUCUUUGUUCUCUCUACAGAUUGGAAGUUUAAUGUCUGACACUCCUGCAGACAGAGUUCUGGAGAUCAGGGACAAGCAGGCCUUUGUAGACAUGCUGAAGGGAAUGCUCCAGCUUGAUGCAGCCAACAGACUGACACCCUGUCAGGUGCUGGAGCAUUCCUUCAUCACCAUGAGCCACCUCAUCAGCAGGAUUCCCUACACGUCUUAGUAAGUGGAGACUAAAAUUCUUCAACAUUCAGAGUUAUUAGUACCUCCUCUGGAGAAUGUUUGCAGGAAAUACCUCACUUCUCCAGAACAUGUUUCUGUAAUAGAUGAUUUGUGUCUGCAUUACUUAUACUUUCUGUAAGUCACAUGACCAGUGAAUAAGUCUGAUUGAUUAUUUGUUGUCUUGCAGUGUUAUUUCAUCUUUGGAGACCAUGGCUGCCUCUAGAAACAGCAGUCCAGGCUCCAACAGUGGGAAUGCUGGGGGGUCUUCACAGCCUUCCCCCCCUAGCAAACCUCAACCCUCCCAGCAGAGCCGUCCUGCUUCUCCUAUUGGUAGCAGCUGCAGCCAAGACCGGUCACGCUCCACCAUCAACCCUCAUCCUCACACUCCUUCAUUAACAAGUGGAGGCCAGAAAGGGAGAAAAAGAAAGCUUGAUGAAGUUGAUGAUAGCACGGACGAGAGCUGCAAGUCUCCAAAAAAAGUGAAGUCUGGGCACAGGUAGGAUAAUCUGCAUCAGUCACAUUCUUAUCAACCAGUUGACAAAACAAAUCUAAAGAUUUUAGAGGUUGAUUGAAACAUUUCUGGUCUUUUUGCAUCAUAAUAAUUUAACCUAUUGAUAAAAUUACAGUGAAACACCUGCCUGCCCGUCCGCCUCCUGCAGCAGCCAGCAUGGAGCUGACAAGGCCCAGAUGAUCACUCCUAAGAGGGACCAGCCUGUUCCUCCUCCUCCAACUGACCACAACACAACCCUUCAUUCGAGCUUGAGUCAGGUUAAAGUCAAGGACAGAUCAGGACUCAAAAGAAAGGCAGCUCGAGAUGAGGAUGAGGAAAUGCUUGGUCAGACACCAGCAAAAAGGAGAAGGAUUUUGUAGCUGGUUCAGGUGAGUUGAUAUAAUCAACACACAAUGUGUAGUGCAUUUUCUUGUUUGAAAAAAGACGUACCAUGACAUGCUGUCAACCACAACAACACAUGAGUUUGUUUGACAAGUCAUUGUUGACUUCCAGGUGCAGAGGAGCAAUCUGAACCUGAGCAGUACAACCACAGUGGAGUGUUUGACUGUGAAAGUUAUUACAAUUGAACAUCAAUCUCCAUCUGGCUACCUUUAAAAGCAACAAUCCAGGCUGCAACAGUGAGAAUGCUUGGAGGUCUUCACAGCCUCCCUCCUCCCCAGCAAACCUCAACCCUCCCAGCAGAACCGUCAAGCUUCACCUGCUGGUAGCAGCAGCAGCCUUGACCAGUCAUGGUCCACCAUCAACCCUCAUCCUCACACUCCUUCUUCAUCAACAAGUGGAGGAAAGACAAGGAGAAAAAGAAAGCUUGAUGACGUUGAUGGAAGCUCUGACAAAACCUGCAUUUGUCUUAAAAAAGUGACGUCUGGACACAGGUAGGAUAAUCUACAUCAGUCACAUUGUUAUCAACCAUUUGACAAAACAAAAAUAAAAACUUUAGAGGUAGAUGGAAACUUUUCUGGCCUGUCUGCGUUGGUUUUUAAACUCUUUUAUGAAUUUGCAGCGAAUCACCUGCAUGCCAGUCGACCUCCUGCAGCAGCCAGCAUGCAACAAAUUGCGCCCAGAUGAUCACAACUUUGGGAGACCACCAAGUUCAUCCUGUUCUGCAGAACACCAACAAUAGAGGGGGAAAGAGAGCCAGAUCAGAAAAGGCUGUCAACAAACUGAUCCAGAAAGUCCUCAAACUGACCACAACGCAAAUCCUCAUCUGAGCUUGAGUCAGGCUGAAGUCCAGGGCCAAUCAGGACUCAAAAGAAAGGCAGCUCAAGAUGAAGAUGAACUUGGUCAGAGAUCAGAGAAAAGGAGUUUGUUGAAGGUUCAGGUGAGUUGAUAUAGUCAACACACAAUGUGUAAUCCUUUUUCUAGUUUGAAAGAUGAUCAUGCUGCCAUCCACAACAACACAUGAGUGUGUCUAACAAGUCAUUGUUGACUUCCAGGACCACAGAGGGGGACUGAAACAGAGCAGUACCACCACAGUGGAGUUUAUGACUGUGAAAGUCAUUACAACUGGACAGCAACCUCUAUCUGGCUACCUUUAGAAGCAACAAUCCAGGCUCCAACAGUGAGAAUGCUGGGGGGUCUUCACAGUCAUCUCCCCCCCAAGCAAACCUCAACCCUCCAAGCAGAGCCAUUCUGCUUCUCCUGCUGGUAGCAGCUGCAGCCAAGACCGGUUACAGUCCCCCAUCAACCCUCAUCCUCACACUCCUUCCUCAUCAACAAGUGGAGACCAGAAAGGGAGAAAAAGAAAGCUUGAGAAGGUUGAUGGAAGCUCUGACAAAACCUGCAAGUCUCCAAAAAAAGUCUGGGCACAGGUGGGAUAAUCUACAUCAGUCACAUUCUGAUCAACCAGUUGACAAAACAAAUCUGAAAACUUUAGAGGUUGAUGGAAACUUUUCUGGUCUUUCUGCAUCAUAAUGAUUUAACCUUUUUUUCUUAUCAAAUUACAGCAAAAAUAACAGCAUGCCAGUCCACAUCCUGCAGCAGCCAGCAUGCAACAGAUAUUGCCCAGACUAUCACUCCUUUGAGGGACCACCAUGUUCAUCCUGUUCAGCAGAACUCCGAUACUCAAUAGAGAAAGAGGAAAAGAGCUAGAUCAGGAAAUGGCUUUCAACAAACUGAUCCAGAAAUCCUCAAACUGACCACAAUGCGAAUCCUCCUGAAAUUUUUGAGGGUUGAUUGAAACUUUUUGGGGGUUUUUCUGCUUCAUAAUGAUUGAACCUUCUUUUUUUUUUUUUAUCAAAUUACAGUGAAACUCCGGCAUGCCAGUCUACCUCCUGCAGCAGCCAGAGUGCAGCUGAUGUCACCCAGACAGUCACUCCUUUGAGGGACCACCCUAUUUAUCCUCCUCAGCAGAACACCAAAACUCAAGAGAGGGAGAAGAAGAAGAAAAUGGUUCUGAAAAAAUCUGAUCAAGAAAGUCCUCAAACUGACCACAACACAACUCUUUAUCCGAGCUUGAGUCAGGCUGAAGACCAGGGCCAAUCGGGACUCAAAAGAAAGGCAGCUCGAGAUGAAGAUGAACUUGGUCAGAGAUCAGAAAAAAGGAAAAGGAGUUUGUAGAUGGUUCAGGUGAGUCGAUAAAGUCAACACACAAUGUGCAAUGCAUUUUCUAGUUUGAAACAAGAUCAUACUGUCAACCACAACAACACAUAAGUGUGUCUAACAAGUCAUUGUUGACUUCCAGGACUAGAAGAGCAGACUGAAUCUAAGCAGUACCACCACAGUGGAGUUUAUGACUGUGAAAGUCAUUCCAGCUAAACAACAACCUCUAUCUGGCUACCUUUAGAAGCAACAAUCCAGGCUGCAACAGUGAGAAUGCUGGGGGGUCUUCACAGCCCUCCCCCCAUCAAACAUCAACUCUCCCAGCAGAACUGUCCUGCCUUACCUGCUGGUAGCAGCAGCAGCCUUGACCAGUCAUGGUCCACCAUCAACCCUCAUCCUCACACUCCUUCCUCAUCAACAAGUGGAGGCCAGAAGGGGAGAAAAAGAAAGCUUGAUGACGUUGAUGGAAGCUCAGACGAAACCUGCAAUUGUCGUAAAAAAGUGAAGUCUGGGCACAGGUAGGAUAAUCUACAUCAGUCACAUUCUUAUCAACCAGCUGACAAAACAAAUGUGAAAUUUUUGAAGGUUGAUUGAAACUUUUUUGGGGGUUUUUUUGCUUCAUAAUGAUUUAACCUUUUUUUUUUUUUUAAUCAAAUUACAGCAAAAAUACCAGCAUGCCAGUCUACCUCCUGCAGCAGCCAGAGUGCAGCUGAUGUCACCCAGACAGUCACUCCUUUGAGGGACCACCCUAUUUAUCCUCCUCAGCAGAACACCUAA